AUGUGUUUCCUGUACGUGUGGAGUGUUGAAGAAAUGUGUUUCCUGUACGUGUGGAGUGUUGAAGAAAUGUGUUUCCUGUACGUGUGGAGUGUUGAAGAGAUGUGUUUCCUGUACGUGUGGAGUGUUGAAGAAAUGUGUUUCCUGUACGUGUGGAGUGUUGAAGAAAUGUGUUUCCUGUACGUGUGGAGUGUUGAAGAAAUGUGUUUCCUGUACGUGUGCAGUGUCGAAGAAAUGUGUUUCCUGUACGUGUGGAGUGUCGAAGAGAUGUGUUUCCUGUACGUGUGGAGUGUCGAAGAAAUGUGUUUCCUGUACGUGUGGAAUGUUGAAGAAAUGUGUUUCCUGUACGUGUGGAGUGUUGAAGAAAUGUGUUUCCUGUACGUGUGGAGUGUUGAAGAAAUGUGUUUCCUGUACGUGUGGAGGUACAUAAAUACGUGUGGAGGGACGUUAAAAGGACAGAACGGUACCAUAGAAAGCCCAGGUUUCCCGUACGGAUAUCCCAACGGUGCCAACUGUACCUGGGUCAUCGUAGCGGAACAAAUGAACAGGAUUCACAUCGUUUUUCAAUCUUUCGCCGUGGAAGAGGAAUACGAUUUUUUAUCUUUGUAUGAUGGACACCCACAUCCGGCACACUUCCGGACGAGGUUAACAGGAUUUCAGAUCCCACCUCCCGUCACCAGCACAGGGUCCAUAUUUUCACUACGGCUUACCAGUGACUUUGCAGUAAGCGCUCAUGGAUUUAAGAUGGCUUAUGAAGAGUUAAGGAGCAGCGCCUGUGGGAACCCUGGUGUUCCACCUAAAGGCAUCCUAAACGGAACACAGUUCAACAUCGGGAACACGAUCCACUACAGGUGUGUGACGGGCUACGUAUUGGACGGUCACUCCCUCCUUACCUGUGUCCUCAACACAGGCAAUAUGGCCGUCUGGGACUUCCCUGUCCCCAUCUGCAGAGUAGAGGGAGGGUACAUAAAUACGUGUGGAGGGACGUUAAAAGGACAGAACGGUACCAUAGAAAGCCCGGGUUUCCCGUACGGAUAUCCCAACGGUGCCAACUGUACCUGGGUCAUCGUAGCGGAACAAAUGAACAGGAUUCACAUCGUUUUUCAAUCUUUCGCCGUGGAAGAGGAGUACGAUUUUUUAUCUUUGUAUGAUGGACACCCACAUCCGGCACACUUCCGGACGAGGUAA